UCCCUGCUGAACGGCAGAAAAGGGUGGGGCAGCUCGCCUGCAGCAGAGACGGCGGCGGCAGCGGCUGCAGCAUCUUUGAGACUCGCGGCGGCUGCUGCAGCAAUGCUCCAUCUCUGUCGGAGGUGAUCCCUCUGAGUCCUGCUUGGUGGCCAACUGCGAACGGACGCCGGCGGGAAGGAGAACAGAGCUCCGUCCGCGGACCCUUCGGCCACAUUGCCCGGCCAUUCCUCUGCGACAUGGCUUAAAUCCAAGCCACCUCGCCUCGUCGCCUUGCUCUGCCGGGGUCUGAGCACCGCCGCCGCAGCAGGGAGGGGCGCGUCCCAGACACCCUCGAGGGGAUUCAGGGACGCCUUGUCUCUCACCCUUCGGUGCCCGCAGCCGCCCGCGAUCCCAAGACCUUUGAGGACAAGCUGGGGAAAGCGUUUGCAGCUGGUAAUCGAGGGACUUUGCAGACUUUAUCUCUGCGGCAGCUUUGCCAGCCCGACCUUGCCAGGUGCUUUUUGAGGGAGGAGGGCAAGUAGCUCUCGUUGAUCUGGGGGGAGGGAUAAAAACGGUGGGACCCAGGUUGACUGGCCGAGGGUCGGGGACUGGAAGGAAGGUUAGACUCUUGCUUUAGAACCAUAAAAAGAAAGAGGAAAGGCCAGCUUUGCAGCUAGCAUCAUGGCGUGGCCGUGCAUCACGCGGGCCUGCUGCAUCGCCCGCUUCUGGAACCAGCUGGACAAGGCGGACAUCGCCGUGCCACUGGUCUUCACCAAGUACUCGGAGGCCACCGAUCACCCUGGAGCCCCAUCGCAGCCGCCAGCACCGCAGCAGCAGCAGCAGGCACCGCCGGCUCACGCACCCGUCUCGGCGCGCGCGGUCGCCAUAGAGACACAGCCGGCCCAGGGCGAGUUGGAUGCAGUUGCCCGGGCAACGGGGCCGGCGCCUGGGCCUAGCGCCGAGCGCGAGGCGGCGGGCGCCUACGGGCGAAGUGGGCAGGGCCUUGGCGCGGGCUCGAGCUCCACCUCUGGCGCUGGCACCGCGGACUCUGUGAUGCGACAGGACUACCGCGCCUGGAAAGUGCAGCGGCCGGAGCCGAGCUGCAGGCCACGCAGCGAGUACCAGCCUUCCGACGCGCCCUUUGAGCGAGAGACCCAGUACCAGAAGGACUUCCGUGCCUGGCCGCUGCCGCGUCGCGGUGACCACCCUUGGAUCCCCAAGCCCAUGCAGAUGCCAACGUCCUCCCAGGCUUCAGCUCCGAUUGUCGGGGCUCCCAGACGCCGGCCGCCGAGCCAGGAGCGCUGGGCAGUGAAUGCCACUGCCGAGGCCCGUGAGCAUGAGGCGGCCUAUGGAGGAGCGGCUGGGCCUGCCGCGGGAAAGCCUUCUGGUGGGGACGAGCAGCGCGACACUCGCAGGAAGGCGGGGCCCGCUUGGAUGUUGCGUCGCGCGGAGGGACUGGGGCCGGAGCAGACACCAAUACCGGCAGCCGAGGCCCAGGCCCUGGCUGAGGCCCAGGCCCUAGACCAGGGUCCGGGCCCGGUCCAGGCCCUGCCAACGAUGUCCGAGGCCAGCAAGGGGCGCGAGGCAGCGGACGCCCUCAACAGGCAAAUCCGUCGGGAGGUGGCGAGUGCAGCCGGCAGCUCCUACAGGAAUGAAUUCAGAGCAUGGACGGAUAUCAAGCCUGUGAAAGCAAUAAAAGCCAGGUCCCAGUACAGGCCCCCAGAUGACAAGAUGGCGCAUGAGACCAGCUACAGUGCCCAAUUCAAAGGGGAAGCCAAUAAGCCAACACCAGCUGACAAUAAGGUCAUCGAUCGCAGAAGAAUACGCAGCCUCUACAGUGAACCUUUCAAGGAGCCCUCGAAGGUGGAGAAACCUAGUGUUCAGAGUUCCAAACCAAAAAAGACCUCAGCGAGCCAUAAGCCCCCCAGGAAGGCCAAAGACAAACAGGUGGCGUCAGGCCGGGCCGCCAAGAAAAAGAGCGCAGAGGCCCCCAGUGCCGCCCAACCCGAAGACAAGGAGCAAAGUAAAGAGAUGAACAAUAAACUGGCUGAGGCUAAAGAGAGCCAGGUGGAACCCACCAAGGAUUCAACUAAGAAUCAAGGUCAUAUAACCACAGAGCCAGACAAGGAUCAAGGGCCUGUGGGUCUAGGGCCUCUGAAAGAUCAAGGCCCUGUGAUCCAAGAGCCUCCCAAGGAUCAAGGUCCCGUGAUCCCAGGGCCUCCGAAGGAUCAAGGCCCCGUGAUCCCAGGGCCUCCGAAGGAUCAAGCUCCUGUGGUCCCAGGGCCUCUGAAGGAUCUAGGGCCUGUGAUCCCAGCACCAGUUAAGGAUCAAGAUCACGUGGCCCCUGAGCCUUUAAAGAAUGAAGGUUCUGUGAUCUCAGCAUCAGUCAAGGACCAAGGCCCCCUGGCCCCAAUGCCUCCAAAGAAUCAAAGCCCCACAGUUCCAGCAAGAAUCAAGGAUCAAGUUUUCAAUGUACCAGAGCCUCUGAAGGACAGUGGGCCUGAGGUCCCAGCAUCUGUCAAGGACCAAGGCCCCACAGUACCAGAACAUCUGAAGGACCAAAGAGCCAUGAUCAUAGCACCUGUAAAGAAUGAAGAUCCUGUGCUCACUGAGCCCGUGAAGAGUCAAGGUGAAGGCCUGGAGCAUCUGAAGGCUCGCGAGUCCAUGGUUGUGGCUUCUGUGAAGAAUGAAGGUCCUGUGAUCCCAGCACUAGUCAAAGAUCAAAGUCCCAUGGUCCCAGAGCCUCCGAGGAGUCAAGGCCCUGUAGCCCCAGAACCUAUGAAGAAUCAAGUUCCCAUAAUCCCAGUGCCUGUGAAAGGUCAGGGUCCUCUGGUGCCACCAGCAGCAAAGGACGAAGGUGCUGUGGUCCCUGAACCUCUGAAGACUCAAGGUCCCAGGGGCCCUCAGCUGCCUACUGUCUCGCCCCCACCCCCAGUCAUGAUCCCCACCGCCCCCCAUGCUGAAUAUAUGGAGGGUUCCCCUUGAUGCUCACCCCUUGACAUGCCAAGAAAGGAGCUGGCAGUGAAAGUGCUCCCUCCAGGGGCAGCGAAGACACAUAUUUAAUCUGCAUGAAACAUGUACCGUAUAGUCUUGCUGGAAUCUAAUAAAACUGGUCCCUCUGGCUCA